GUGCAUUCUGGGUACAUUUCGCCGGAUCGCCAUUUUCAUUAACCUAGGCCGAAAUUUGCCAGCAAAAUGUCGCUUGUGAGAAACUUCACCAGACUUACAGCAGGUUUGCGAUCACAGAGACACGUUGUAAGGAUAUGUCAACCAUGUAGAAACUAUGCCGAGGAUGCAAAGGCUUCGGCACCGACGCAAAUGUCAUUCUCCUUUGGCUAUCCAGGAAAGAUGUUCUACUCAAACGCAAGUGUGAAGCAAGUGGACGUUCCAUCUGGCACUGGUAGCUUUGGUAUACUGGCUCAACAUGUACCGUCUUUAGCUGUUAUGAAGCCAGGCAUGAUCUUUGUAACAGAGGAUGAUGGUUCUAUCAACAAAUACUUUGUGAGCAGUGGUAUGAUCACAGUCAAUGAUGACUCAUCUGUCCAGAUUCUUGCAGAGAUGGCAGCUCCAGUAGAGGACCUAGAUCCACAGGCAAUCAAGGAGGGUAUGACCAAAGCACAGCAGGAGCUAGCUGCAGCAGCAACAGACCUGGCACGUGCUGAGGCACAGAUCGCUGUUGAAGUUCACGAAGCAAUGGAUACAGCCGUAAACAAGUAGAAUCUUUUGCAUCACCUGCCGAUUGUUUGUAAAAAAUUUAUGGAGCAGAAAUGAAUAGCAUAGCAGAACUCCCACUGGACCAUACCCAACAUUUGGAUUCAACCAGCCAUGGAACCUUUUAAUGAUCUGAUUACUCCUCUGAAAGAACAUUCAUAUGAUGAAUUCAGGAGAAUUUAUUUUAAAAAACACACCCCAAAAAAAAACACCUUAAUCUGGUGAAAAGGAUUUUUUUGGUGUGUGUAUCAGUUGCUGUGACUCGUAUUGUCUGUACGGAGCCAGAAGGGUGUUCACUCUGUGUUAAUGUAUGUGAGUUAUUGCCCUAAUGGCUUUAAACAGAUGACAUAGCAUGCAGAGCACAUACAGAUUGGUUAAAAACUCAACAGAGUCUGUUUGAUGUAGAACAUCAUGGUGUCUACUGCAUCAGUAUGACCCCUUAAAAAGCACUCUCUCUCUGCUACCAUUCUAAGAACAUGUUGUUCCAAAGGAAUAUGUGAUUCACCUCUGUAACAACUACAUUGUUAUUUGUUAUGUAUAUGAAAUAAAUGAAAAUGAUAUAUUAA